UUCUUGUGCUUGACGCUGAAGAUGCUGCAGAUCCAGCCCGAAAAGGACAUCAUCGUGGAGUUCAUAAAAAACGAGGACUUCAAGUAUGUCCGAAUGCUUGGUGCGUUGUACAUGAGAUUGACAGGCACGGCCAUUGACUGCUACAAGUAUCUUGAACCACUGUACAAUGACUAUCGAAAAAUAAAAAGUCAGAACAGAAAUGGGGAAUUUGAACUGAUGCAUGUGGAUGAAUUUAUUGAUGAACUACUCCACGAGGAACGUGUAUGCGAUAUCAUUCUGCCUCGAUUACAGAAACGGUAUGUUCUGGAAGAAGCUGAGCAACUCGAGCCUCGUGUUAGUGCUUUGGAAGAAGACAUGGAUGAUGUAGAAUCUAGUGAGGAGGAGGAAGAGGAAGAUGAAAAGCUGGAACGAGCACCCUCUCCUGACCACCGCAGAAGAGGCUACAGAGACCUUGAUAAACCUCGCAGAUCUCCAGCUGUGCGAUACAGGCGGAGCCGAAGCAGGUCCCCAAGAAGGCGAAGCCGCUCUCCAAAGAGAAGAAGUCCAUCACCACGCCGGGAGAGGCAUCGCAGCAAAAGCCCAAGACGACACCGGAGCAGAUCCAGGGAGAGGCGUCACAGAUCAAGAUCUAAAUCUCCAGGGCAUCAUCGUAGUCACAGACACAGAAGUCAUUCCAAAUCACCUGAAAGAUCUAAGAAAAGUCACAAGAAGAGUCGGCGAGGGAAUGAAUAGCAAAUUAAAUCCAGCACACAGUUUAAGGACCUUGAACUGCAGUCUAACACUGUCCUGUUUGCUUUACAGGACAGCUGGAUAUGUACUGGCUGCUUUAGCAGUCCACUUCAUUAAUCCUUCUGUACAAGUCUUGUUUGGUUUUUUUAAGUAAAAGAAAGCUAAGGAUGCUUUUUAUGUAGUUAAUUACUCAUCCU